AUGGCACUUUGGUGGAUCUUCUACUGUAGAUUCGAUUCUGUUGCUCAACAGUUACUGUUUCCCCUCGUCGAGCAAGAUUCAGUGCUAGCUAGGCAUCAGAAUCUGAAACCCUGCUCGAUCCCACAGGAACAGCACAUCUCAAUGCACAAAGCUGGGAGGUUUCUUCACACUGUAGACCACUUGACCUGUGCUUGGGUCCCCAGGGCAUCGACGUUUGCUGGCUUGUUCCCUCCACCUUGCUUGCUGGGUCUAGAGGUUGCUUACAUUGCCAUGCGGCCCGAUGCUGCAGUAUCAAAGUAUUGCAUCUCUCGAGGCUUGGGUUGUCUUGUCAAAGGUUCAAACUGUUCGGGGAAUCUUUUGUUAGGAUUCGAUUCUGAGAUGAUCCCGCAAUAG